AUGACGCAACAAUGGACUGGACAGCCGCAGAGAGACAGGCUCCAUAUUCCGCCGGCGCACCCGUCAGCCCCCGUGUCUCUCUGUGCGAAGAACCUGGAAGCCAAGGAAGACGCGACCGCAGAGAGCGCAGCUCAUCUCCGGCACUUGGAAGCAAUUUCCCCCGUCUUCCACGGCCUCGAAAGCCUGCAGGAGGAAGCCUUUUCAUCGCGAAACUUCUGGUCCGACGCGACGCGCUCCGACUGGGUGAAACCCGGCGAUUCCCUCCCGUAUGCCUCAUCGCCGCUUCGUCCCUCGGCCAAAACACUGGACGCCCUCGCGACCGACAGGGGCGAAGAGGGUGCAAGAGAGAUCCUCGACCGCUGCCCGAACGCUUCAAACAGAGAACAUCCAGAGACGCAAGAGCCAGACCUGCACACAUUUGACGCGCGUUCAUUUUGCCCACAUGAACAGCUGCGGUGUCUCAGCCGGCCUUCGUCUCCUGCCUGUCCCCCUGCCUCUCGCGCGUGCUCCAGUCCGCCUCACUGCAGCUCAUCGCAUGCGAUGGACGAAGACGCCAGAGAGGGAGAGAUGGCGGACAGCCGACGCGGAUGUCUCCCUCUCACGGGCGAGGCCGCGCCUCCAGCGGGGAGGCGAAGCCAACGUGAAGAGAGUGCCGAGAUCCACUACGGCACGCCGUCAAGGCCCGCGGCUGGUCAGCAUUCUUGCAGAGACGAGUCGCCUGCCUCGGCAGGAGGCCUUUGCGCGUCGGUGGCCGCUGGUGUCGACGAAGCGUCGACAGUCUUGAGACACAGCUUCGAGCCCCAGACGGGUGUCGAAACGUCUCGCGGACUGACUGGUCCUCAGCAGGAAGGAAGACCAGAAAAUCUCGCAGCGGUGGACUCGCGCUCUCUACGUGCCACACGUGGGGGACCGUGCGCGGCUGUCUCCUUUCCUGAAACCGCGAUGGGAGAUACGGACCACGAGAGAGAAGCCGAGGGACUUGUCGCGGGUGGAUCGGAAACCGAGAUGCCUCAGUCUUCUCUCUCUCCACGCGCGAGUUCGAGGAACACAUGCCACUCCGUCUCGCCGCGCGAAAUCUCCGUGUCGUCUCCGCCCUCUUGCGCGACGUCCACUAUGUCUGCUGGCGCCUCUUCUGUCUCCGCUGCUCAGCGGUCUCCGGAGACAGCGAGCGUGGUCGGGGGGGACUCGGACGAGGCCGCACCCAAGUCUCACCUGCAUGCUUCCACGUUAAAGGCAGAGUCUCUCUCUGAAGCUUUGUCGCCCGCCAGUGGUCUAAACGGAAGACUCUCUUCCUCUCUGCCUGCAUCGAGCGUGGCGUGUGCGGAAGGCCUGCGCAGUCCUGGAGGGGCCCAAAACCCUAGAGAAGUCUCGGAGAGCCCGAGUCGUCUUUUUCCUGUGGAUCCAACUCCCCGUCGGCUGUCGCCGCUGCGCAGCUGUCGCCGAGCGAGCGAACGAACGGAGACAGAACCCUCUCGCGCGGCCCAGCUGUCGCCGACUGAGACCCAUGUCUUUCCGUGUGGGAACUGCCACGAGGGGAGUCGAUCCGAGGCGGCGACUCUCAGCUCUGCCUCAUUCUUCUCUUCGAUCGCGGAAGAGCGAGCAGAGACGACGCGUCUGCCUUCGUGUCUCCGGCCCUCCGGGGAGUCGCCGUCGCCCAGGCGCUCGGCCUCUUCUUUGUCUCCGCGGAGCUCGUUCCGUCAUGCCUCGCCGUGGGCUGAGCGCGGUCGCGUCGCUGCGCCGGUACAUCGCGAAGACGCUGCGGGGACUCCACGUCUCGACAAGACCGGCUCAGGGCCCUCUUCUCCGAGAACGUCGAGGUCUUUGUCUGUGUCUCGCGAGCCUUCCUCGCCACGGCCUUCGCGCCUCACAGAUCAGUCGUCCGUUUGCCGCUCGUCUUCGCUCGGAGAAACUCUUGACGCGAGCGACUUGUCUCCUCCCUUUUCUCUCACCCCCCUGCGCGGCAGGCCGCGCCUGAUUCUGCUCGACCUCGACAACACACUCAUCCCCACGUCGUGGAUCAUGUCCCAGUGGCGCUCGAAGCACUGCACUCUCGGGCCCCUUGAGACCGUGGCCGCGAUUCGCGAGGCUCUGUACGAGGCGAAGUUUUUCCAGGUUUUAGGCAAUUUCUUCGCGAGUAUGCGCGACGUGAGAAACAACGGAUUCUCUCUCAGCCAGGUGGUCAUUGUGACCAAUGCAGGCACGCGAACCGUCGAAAACUUUUAUCUCCAGUUUUGUCUCCCAGAACUUGGCGAACUGUGUGCGCGAGAGCAGGUAUACAUUCACUCGACGGAACACGUCGUCAAGCGGCUCGGCCCCAUUCCCCCAAUCACCGACGAAGAAGCGUACCGAGAGUUCUACACGACAACGAAAUACCACGAAUUUGAUUUCGUUCUCCAGCGGUACAUCCACGGCCUCCGGCGGGAGCACGGGGCGCUGCGCCGCCAGCAGCUGUCGUUACACCGCAGAAUGCGCGCAGAGAGGACCGGCCGUUCGGGGCCGCGCGUGCGUUCGCCUGGCUCUUCGGUUGCGCCCGACGGCGACCGCGAGGAAGGGCGACGCGUCUUCCCGGAGUCUCCGUGGACGGAAGACAGAGAUGUCGAGCGAGACAGGCGUGGUGCAACCGUUCCCUCUUCUCCCGCCUCUGCGGUCAAGGAAGACGAGGCGGACUUCUCUUCGGAAGAGACAGAGACGCCGUCGACGGAGGAAGAGACCACGUCUUCGUCGGGGGAAGAACACGAGGCGGAGCGGGGGACACGGGAGACCCGAGCCGCGAUGCCUCUGCCAGGUGACUGGCGCUUCGAUCUGUUGAGUGCAGGCGACCAGGCGUGCGAGAUCAUGGCUGCGUGUCGCGUGGCACACCAGGCAGGGGAAGACGUCGUCCACCUCACGAAGCUGCUGUACCUCAACGACCCGGAUGACCCCAGGUACUUGGCUCAGACUCCCGAGAGGUUCGUGGCGCAGCUCGUGGACUUCCAGGAGGCGCUUCUGCGUCUCCUGGACGAGAACGAGGAAACGCUCGACAGCCAGGGGCAGCCGGAGUGGCGGAAGACUGGCGUCUUCUCUUCCGCAGCCGUGUCCUCGCCCUCGCGUUUCUUCCUGCCGCCGCUGCACUGCCUCGAGGGCCAUCUGGAGUACGUCUUCACGUCGACGGACGAGGAGGUGAGCGAGCAGAAGGCGAGACGCAGGCGUCUCAAUGGCCGGGCGAGUCGAGAGGGACAUCCCAAGCGCCGCGACCGACGCGAGAAGGCCCGAAACGAAGGCCUCACCCGCACAGGGAGACAGCCGAGCCGUUGCGCCGGCGAGCAGCCGCGACAACGGCGCGCAGAGGGCGACCUGGACGGGCCGAUGGGGCUUGGCCACGAUUUGAGGCCGGGAGCGCAGGCGAGAGCGGGCGAGGAACAGCUGACUCCAGGGAAGCGCCGGAUUGGGGCGAAGGCGUCGACCUCGCAAGCGGCCGAGCGUCUCGGCGAGGCCGCGACGCCCGAUUGGACGGCCUCGUCAGUCGACAGACAGGCGACGCCAGCGAUGGGGUCCGUGCGGCCUGGGCCGUGUGUGGGGGCCCGGGGCAGACGGAAACCUUUCUAUCCGAUCGCGAGUUCGGUGUACUACGCAGACCGCGCGUACCGGUCCACGCGCCCUCUGUCUCACGCGUUUGCUGGCGAGCGAGUCGAGGGUGAGCUCGUGGAGGAGUCGUGCGAUCGGCGGGUGGGCACUCGAGCGCAGGGGCGAUUGGCGGGCGACGUGGAAGGCCCGACUGAGGAGCCGCGCGUCGAUGCCGAGCGAGAGGGGAUGUGUGUGGAAGGCAGGGACACCGGGGCUGCGUCAGGGCGCGCCUCGAGCGGGGAAGAGAAGAGUCGCGGGAAGUCGCCUUCCCGCGAGAAGAGCAUUCCCGUUUCGGAUUUCUUGGUGGACGCGAUGCUGACGACGGGGAUUGGCGAGGAAGAACGCGAGGGCGUCAGCAGAGAGGGCGAAGAAGACACGUUCUUGCUCGCGGAAGAAGAGAUCGUGAUGACGGACGACGCAUUCGGCGAAGAGUUUGCGGCCGAGGAAGACCGCAGCGUCUUCUUCCUCGCGUCGGAGGAAGAAGAGGAGCCUGUGGGCGAGGCGCGGAGUGCGGGCCUCGAGGCCGAGAAGAAAGAGAAUGUGCGUGCGCAGUUUUCGCAGUUCUUCGAAGACGGUGAGACGAUGGUCGUCGAAACGGAGCACGAGGACGCUGUCUGGACACCCGACCGGGAGGACCGCAGGCGGACCUCGUGCAACCGGCCUUCGCAUCUCGCGUCUCUGUCCCCGCGCGACGAGAAACCGACUUCCGAUCGGGGGUCGCGGGCGCAGUCUCUCUCAGAGUUUGCAACUCACGCGGGCCCCACAGGUGUCCCCUUCCGCCUGUCUUGCUCGAACUCGCCGGCGCCCUUCUCUGCCUCGCGGUCGCCACGCGCCAAGAGUCUCGAGCGCACGCUUUCGGGCUUCACUUCGCCCUCGGCGCUUCGUUCGCCGUCGUGUUCUCCCUCGUACUCUCCCUCUCCGGCCUCGUGA